UUUCAGAAGCUGAAGCCAAGGCGCUUGUGGCUAACAUUGCCACUGGGAUGAAGGUUGACAUGUCCUCACUACCAUUGCUGGCUGAAAACCAGAAAACAAUGAAGGCGGUCAUUGCAGGAAUGAAUGAUUCCCAGCUAACGAAGAUUGUGGCUCAUCCUUAUGAGCAGUUCAGUAUCCUUGAUGUGGCUGAAUUCUACCUCAACGCCCACAUCACCGACGACGCCAUUCAUUCUCAUGUGCAAGGGAAAAGCCUGAAAAUCGAUGUUGAUGCCCUCAACGAGUUCUUCAACAUCGAACUCGACUCACAAGAUGAAGAUACUCCCACUCUCAUCGAUCUGGAGUCAGUUGAAGUCUCUGUAGAGACAUUUGUGGACACCUACUGCCAGCCAGAUGCUACCGGAGUAGAUAAGCUCUACAUGAAGAAGAACCUGCUCAAAAGGGACUAUGAAAAACUAAUGAGCAUCAUGCAUCGGUGUCUGUGGUGCAAAACAAGCUCAACUGAUCAAAUGAACAACACCAAUGCAAAGGCUCUGUAUGCAGUUCAUCAUGGAAUGAACAUCAACUGGGGGAAGGUACUUUAUAAAUCCCUCACUGAGUCAGUAGAGAAGAAGGACAAGAAAACCGGCUUGUUCACAACAAAGAUGGGUCAUGGCCUUCUCCUCUCAAAGGUCAUUUCCAAGUCUCAAGUGGAGCUCAGAAACCCCUCUACUGUUGACCAUUCCAAAACUAUAUUUCUUACUGCAUCUCCCAAGGUUCAUGUGGCCAUUGCUGCUGAGUUGAAGAGGGAAGAAAGACUUGAGCAGAACAGGGAGAAGGUGGUUGCUAAGUCAAAACCUGCUCCUACUAAGCCCAAGAAGAAAUCUCAGACGAAGCAAGAGGCAACCACUGAGAAGGUUGCAUCAGAGGAGGAUGCAUCAGAAGCUGGUGCAUCAGAUGUGGCCCCCAUCAAGAAACUUAAACAGAAGAAGAGAAGGAAAGCAAUCAUUCAGAGUGAUUCUGAUGCUUCUACUUCUCCUAUCAGGGUGCAGAAGAAGAAGAAGACCAACUCCCCUCCCAAGGAAUCAGAACCUCAGGGGGAACCAGCAUCAGAGUUGGCUAAUGCUCAAGUGGAACCAGCACCUGAGGUGGUUGAUACUCAGGGGGAACCUGAACUUGCCCCCCUGCCUGCUGAUCAAGAGGCAGUCCUGGCAAUCCCUUCCUCUCAAGUACAUCAAACCCCUGUGGAUGAUGAGAUUCAGGAAGACAUCCUCACAGCUUUGAACAAGCAAUUUGCCAGAGUGCUAGAGUGGAGGAAAUGGAGAUUGGGACCACUCUCUAACAUCUUGCAGCACUUUGGAUUCUAUUCUGCUGAAGAAAAGGAAGUGUUCAACUGGACUGGAACUAAUGAUGUGUCCAAGUGCACUGAUAUUCCAUUUCUGGAGUCUGUUUUAGCUGAGAAGAAGAGGAACUUCAAAGGCAAGGGUCGUCUGACAGCCUCAACUGCAGUAGAGCAUGCUGCAACAGAUGUCUCCCCUCUCACUGAGCAAGAGGUCCCACUAUUUGAAGCAUGGCUGACAGAGAAGACAAUGAAGGAUUCCCUUGAACCUCAACAGCAAGCUGGAGGACCUUCUGAUGCAGAGCUGAUCUUUGCAAAUCUGAUCACUGAUUGGAGGAAAUCUCAGCAACAGGAAAUUGAGGUAAUUCCUAAUUCUCCUGUUCAUCUUCCAUCACCUCCCAAAUCCACUUCACCCAAACCAACCACAUCAACCACAACUCCACCUCCAUCCCCUCAACCUCUUCCAAAUUCACCGAUUCCCUCACCCAAGAAAACUCCUUCACCAAAACCACCCUCACCUAAACAACCAUCACCCUGUCACCAGUUAACCCCCAUCAGAAGCCGCUCACCAUCACCUCCUCCUUCACCCCAACAUCAGAAGACCCCCGCUCUGCAAGCUUCACCUCAUCAGAGCUCACCCC